AUGUUUUUUGAUCGUUUAGAAUAUUAUCAUCAAUUUGAACAAGUAUUAGAUCGAAAUAAUCGUAAAUGGUGGAUAUGCGAAUUAUGGCUUCUCAUUAUUCAAACUGGACGUUUUCUAUUCUAUGUUAUACUUAGUUUUAUGGAUGAAUCCGUAAUACGAUCAUACUGUCCAUAUGAUACAACCGCUGCACCAUUAUUUCAUUAUUUUACUCAUUUGGAUGAUGGAACAUCAUUGAAUCUUACCGAUUGCCGUAUAACAUCGAUUAUAUUUUUAAUUUUUUACAUAUUUGUUUUACACAGUCAAUAUACUUUGUUUUUAACUGAUCAUAAUUCAUUAACAUGGCAUUUAUUAUAUGAUAUUUCCAAUCGUAAUUAUGAUCAUUUUCGUGAUUCAUUCAUUUAUGGGAAAAGAAUGAAUAUGAUAAAAAUGGCGAUCCAAAUGUUAAGUAAUAACAAUGAGCAUACGUUGAAUUCAUCAUCAAGAAUAAUAAAUGAUCAUCGCUUAGCAAAAAUGUUGAAAAAAAAUCGCAAAACUUUUAUUGAUAAAUUUUUCAUACAGCUUAUGUUGAAUAUAAAUCUUCAUAAAUUUGAAAAAUUAAGUUUGAAAAUAUUCCCCUAUGCCGGUUUAAUGCAACGAAUCGCAUUAGCAAUGACAAUGUUGACAUUACAUUUUAUGGAUGUAUUUUUGUUGAUAUUGGUUAUAUCUACCACAUUCACUCUUGGUUGUUUGAUGUAUUUCGAUUUUAUCUACAUUCAUAUGCUGAAUAUAUGGCCAUUGGCCAUAAUCGAUUGUAUUAAUCAUCUAUAUUGUGGCUAUAUUUUCCUACGAAAUUGUACGCUUUAUUUCAAUUUUGCUUCAAUUAGUCUUGUAUUUUAUGCAUUACAAAUGAAUAGCUUGAAUAGAAAGCUUAAAAAAGUUUUUGGCAAUCACAGACAUAUGAUAAAUUUGCGAUUAAAUUAUUUACGUCAAUUAGUUUGGCGACAAUUUCAACGACGACAUCAACAUAUUGCAUAUUGUAUAAUGUAUAGUGGUAUGGAAAUUUGGAAUGGUGUAUUCUUUAUGGGCAUAAUUGCUAAUAUUCCCUUAAAUAUAAUGUGCAUCUAUAAUAUUGUAUUCAAAUAUAAUUCAUUAAAUAAUGAAUUUAUAUAUUUAGGAUUUAUAAUAUUUCAAACUUUUGUCUUAUCCACUGCUAUUGUAAUUGUAUCAGAAAUAAAUUUUUUAGCUCAUCAAUUUAAACGACAAUUACCAAUCAUGCAAUUUUGUAUGAAAGAACCAUCAAUAAAAUGGCAAAUUAAUGAAUUCCAUGAACGUUUAACAACUACCGAAAAUGGUUUUGGUUUUUAUUGCGGUCGUAUUGCUAUUAUUAAUUAUCAUAAUUCUUUUCAGCUUUUAAUGUCAUAUUUUGGCUUUAUGUUGAUAAUGUUUAAAUUCUUUUUCAAUAAUAAUGUCUAA